AUGAUUAUAGAUCUAGGGUUGCCAACCAUCGAUCUGAAGCUCACCUCAGGGGUGUCAUUAGGGUCCGGCGGUGGCGUGCAGAGGCCAUUCCCUGCACGCCUAGAUGAAAGAUCAACAGAAAAUGAGGCUAGUGACGAAGACACACCUGCCAAUCAACAGAUAGAAGAAUUCAGCAACACAAUAGAAGAACAGAAAGAACUAGACAACGAUACUGUCGUGAAUGAAGGUGCCGAAGCAGACAGCCUCAGCAUCGAAACGUUCUCAUACCUACCUAACAUAGAACUUGAUAGAUACAUCUCGAAUGAUCUCGAAUAUUCUAGAAUAAAACGAGAAAUUGAGGAUAACGUUGCUAAAGACAAUAGUACAGAUAAUGCAACUGUUAAAGCUAACGUGAAUAUAGUUGGUGGGGUUAAGGUGAUGGGUUUAAGGGUUGAAGAGUCGGAGAAAGAGCCGCAUAUUGUGGAUGGUAUGAUACCCAGCGUGCUGACGGCGACCACGUUCACUUUGAGAUUGUUUGGAGAAGGAUUCAACAACGAUACAGUGUUCUCUUUCACACACAGAGCCCAGAAGUAUGGGUCGUCGUGUCACAACUUGUUGAAUGGGGAAUAUCAGGUAAAAUACGUGGAUAACGAUUCCGCAUUACUAGAAUUAACCGCACCGGCACCACUAGACGAUUACAAAUUCUACAUAUGCGCUAAACAUUUGAACAGCGACGAUUUCAUACACCAAGGAGACGAGAAAUGGAAAAUACUGGCAACACACAACAAACUUUUACCUCUAUGGGCUUCUAUAAUCCUUAUAAUUAUAUUAUUGAUGCUGGCAUCCCUAUUCUCUGGUCUGAAUCUCGGACUGAUGGCGCUAGAUCGAACAGAAUUGAAAAUCAUAGCGAAUACAGGCACGGAAAAGGAAAGGAAAUACGCUCGAGCUAUUAUGCCUGUCAGAGCACAAGGGAAUUACCUGCUAUGUACCAUUUUGCUGAGCAACGUGGCUGUGAACAGCACAUUCACGGUCAUCCUGGAUGAUCUGACGUCUGGAUUAGUAGCUGUCAUAGGUUCGACUCUGGCUAUUGUGUUUAUAGCGGAGAUUACACCGCAAGCGAUCUGCGCGAGACACGGGCUGCUGAUUGGUGCUAAGAGUAUUUGGAUAAUGAAGAUUGUAAUGGGUAUAUGCGCCCCCCUCGCCUGGCCCACCAGCAAGCUCCUCGACUACUUCCUGGGUGAGGAAAUCGGCACACACUACAACAGGGAGCGGCUGAAGGAACUUGUCAAGGUAACAAACCAUGUCAAUGAUUUAGACAAGGAAGAAGUCAACAUCAUCUCUGGAGCCCUCGACCUUCGCAAGAAGACGGUCAGGGAUGUGAUGACCAAAUUGAGUGACUGCUUCAUGCUGCCGAUCAAUAGCGUUCUAGAUUUUGAGACCAUGACUGAUAUCGUGAAAUCUGGUUAUUCCCGAAUACCAGUGUACGAGGGCACCCGCGGAAACAUCAUCACGGUGCUGUUCAUCAAGGACCUGGCGUUUGUUGACCCCGACGACAAUACUCCCCUGCGAACACUCUGCCAGUACUACCAGAACCCUUGUAACUUUGUCUUCGAGGAUGUCACCCUGGACGUGAUGCUGAAGCAGUUCAAAGAAGGUCACAAAGGCCAUAUGGCGUUCGUGCAACGCAUCGAGGAAGGCGACGGCGAUCCCGUCUACGAGACGGUGGGUCUCGUCACGCUCGAGGACGUCAUCGAGGAGAUGAUACAGGCGGAGAUCGUCGACGAGUCUGACGUCAUCAGUGACAACCGUACCAAGAAGCGUCUGGCGCGACCACUGAACAAGUUCCAGGACCUGGGCGCGUUCGCCAGCCACCACCAUCAGCAGCGUGUUCACGUGUCGCCGCAGCUGGUGCUGGCCACCUUCCAGUUCCUCAACACCAGCGUGGACCCGUUCCGGCCCGAGCUGAUCUCCGAGACGGUACUCCGCCGGUUGCUGAAACAGGACGUGAUCCAGCACAUCAAGCUGCGAGGUGACGAGGACAAGAAUGACCCGAAACGCUUCGUCUUUCAAGAGGGAAAGCCGGUGGACUACUUCGUGCUGAUCCUGGAGGGCCGCGUGGAGGUGACGGUCGGUCGGGAGAACCUCGUCUUCGAAGCUGGACCCUUCACGUACUUCGGCGUGCAAGCGCUCACGCAGAAUGUGGGACUUGCGGAAACGCCGGCGCCCUCUACGCUGGGUUCGUUACAGAACUUGAACAUGGACUCAAUGUUGCGACACUCGUUCGUGCCUGAUUACUCUGUGAAGGCCAUCGCGGAGUUAUACUACCUCACUAUAAAGCGGACUAUGUAUUUGGCUGCCAAGCGUGCUACGCUGAUGGAGAAGGGCGCUCUCAACAAAGGAGGCACCAACGAGCAGAUUGAGCCUGAAGUUGAUAAGUUGUUGAGCGAAGGCGACCGCCUGGAGGACAUCAGGGAGCCUGAGAAGCCGCCGCGACAGUUCCUACCAGCUUCUGCCAGCCCGCACACAAAUGCCACAUUCAAAACAACAGACAAGAACCACACCAAUCCGGAAGAAGAAAAACUACUAAAAAAGUAGAAUUCUACCACGGCAACACUGUAAUGUAAAAUUCCUACAGUGUUGCCAGAUUUACCCAU